AGAUGGGUGUUAUCACCAUGUGAUAAAAUACAAGAGCUGGAAAGCACAUACACCGCAGGUCAGUGAACACGCUCAAAGGACAAGAGCACAGAUUUGAUCUAGAACAGAAAGUGAAACUUUUUUGCAUUCACAAUCAUCUAAACUCUAGAGGACAAAUGGCGCAGCAAGUAUUUCUCAACCGAGAAAAAUGGAGCUGUUCAAUUUGCUUGGAUCUUCUGAAGGAUCCUGUAAGUAUUCCCUGUGGGCACAGCUACUGCAUGAGCUGUAUUAACAGCAGCUGGGAUGAGGAGAGGGAGAUGGAAACAUGCAGCUGCCCUCAGUGCAGGCAGAGAUUCACACUGAGGCCUGUCCUGAUGAAAAACACCAUGUUAGCAGAUUUAGUUGAGGAAAUUAAGAAAGUAGAACCUCAAACUGCUUUACCUGAUCCUGCUUAUGCCAGACCUGAAGAUGUGGCCUGUGAUUACUGCACUGGAAAGAAGCUGAAAGCCUUCAAGUCCUGCCUGGUGUUUACGGCCUCUUACUGUGAGCAACACCUCCAGCCUCACUACAGGGUAGCUCUAUUGAAGAAACACAAACUGGUUGAAGCAACUUUUAAGCUCCAGGAGAACAACUGCUCUCGCCAUGACGAGGUGAUGAAGAUUUACUGCCGCACUGAUCAGGAGUGCAUCUGUUUUCUCUGCUCCAUGGAUGAUCAUAAAGGCCAUGACAUGGUGCCUGCUGCAGCAGAGAGAGCUGAGCGGCAGACAAAGCUCGGAGCGAAUCGGCAAGAAAUCCAACAAAGAGUCCAGGACAGAGAGAGAGACGUCAAGGUGCUUCAGCAGAGGGUGGAGGCGUUCAAUGUCUCUGCUGAUGAAGCUGUGAGAGACAGUGAGAAAACCUUCACUGAGCUGAUCCAUCUCAUUGAGAAAAUACGCUCUGAAGUGACACAGCAGAUCAGAUCUAAGCAUAAAACCCAAGUGAAUCAAGCUCAAGAGCUUGAGCAAAAGCUGCAGCAGUCGAUCAAUGAUCUACGGAGGACAGACAUCGAGCUGGAGCGUAUCUCACAUGCAGAGGAUCACAUCCACUUCCUAAACAACCACCCCUCACUAUCUCACCUGUACAAAUCCAAAGACUCUCCGACCAUUGAUGUCUGUCCUCUAAGCUGUUUUGAGGAUGUGGCAGCGGCUGUAUCAGAGGUCAGAGAUAAACUGCAGGCUGUUCUUAGUGAGGACUGGGCCAGGAUCUUCUUGGCUGUGACUGAAGUGGCUAUUUCACCUCUCUAAGCAGAGCCCAGAACCAGAGCAGAAUUUUUGAGAUACUCUCGUCAAAUCACACUGGAUCCAAUCACACAGAGAGCAACAUUAAUGGCAGCAGGGCAGUUGUGUUCAGAUCACUCACACAGAUUUAUUAAAUGGUGGCAGGUCCUGAGCAAAGAGGGACUAACUGGACGGUGUUACUGGGAGGUGAAGUGGAGCGACUACAUUUAUAUAGCAGUUGCAUACAAAGAUAUCAGCAGAACAGGGACCAGAGAACAAUGUGGUUUUGGUUUCAAUGACAGAUCUUGGGCUUUGGAAUGUCAAAGUGGAGGACACAGAUUCAGACAUAAUGGUGAUGUCUCUCGCCCCCUAGGCCCUAAAUCCUCAAGAAUAGGAGUGUACCUGGAUCAGGCAGGUACUCUGUCUUACUUCAGUGUCUCUGAAACCAUGACUCUCCUCCACAGACUUCAGACCAACUUCACUAAGCCUCUUUAUCCUGGAUUUUGGUUCCCUCAAAAUCCUGGAAGCACUGUUGAGUUUUGUGAACUCAUUUACACAGUGACAGUAUGCUUGGUAAUCCUAGAUUUUUGCUAGAGAGAUUCAAAUCUCUUUUUUAGUAGUGUCGAGUUUCACACAAACGACUAGCAUCCAAACAUACGAAUACAAAAAAGAAAAUACAUUAGGGAAAUUCAGGUUUAAACUCUGUUAUUGAGAACACAUUUUUGAAGUUGUAUUGUUUCCAUAACAGCAAUUUAAUGAAAUGGUCAAAUUGUUUUUUAUUUCAUUUGGGAUUCUUCUUUCUUGUUUGGUGAAACUGAUAUGUGUGCUGUGUUUAAAGAUCAUUUUACAUGUAUACUUUGCAUUGGAAUAUUAUAUAUACAACAUGUCUGGUUAAAAGUCUUGUUAUGCAUUUGGCUGAAAAAAUGCAAGAAUUAUGCAAAAAUGACUGACUUUAAUUGUAAGACAUCUUCAUAUAAAAUGAUUUGUUAAAUUGUAUAUUUAAUGUUUAGUUCUAUACUGCUGUCUGUGCUGCAAACCUUUGUGCUGUUGUAAUAUUGCAUGGCUAGUACACCAUAACAUUUGAACUUGUGAAAACUGCCUUCAAACGCCUUUACAUGAAGUUCCUUUAAGGGAACACUUGAAUAAGUCUGCCUAUAACCUUGAAAACAACAGAUAAACAAAUUAAUAAAAGUCAUAUUUUCAAUUGUGACACCCAUGGUCUUAGAAA